UUGGUGAACCGCUUGUGGAUAAACUUAUUUUUUGAUUUACACAAAAAACGGGUUGAGCAAGAAAAGAAUGAACGCUAAUCGCUAAAAGGCUAUUUUACCUGAUUCCGUAAACUAGUCUUUUUCAUUAUUAUCCAGGUUAGAGCUUCUUAUGACGAUUAAACAAAUCAACCUUUUUGUGAUCUGUUACCUUCCCUGUGCCACCGUCACCACUAUGACAACCUUCAGGAUAUCCUUAUGCAUGUGUUUAUUGCAGCAAUAAAGUCUGUCCUACGUGAGCCUUCUUUUUUAUUAUUCCUUCGCUUGUGGGUGUAAAAAAUAUACGUGGGCGCGCAAUGUUAAACCGGCGCGUCAUUUCCUACACCGUGCUGUUAUGGGUCCGUUGGACCAUUUCAAGUUUACCUGGUUACAUUCAUCCUGAUGAGUACUUCCAAUCGCCCGAAGUUACAGCAGCCUCCGUUUUCGACAUUAAGACUUUCACACCAUGGGAAUAUCAACCAGAGCACGCAGCUCGAUCUGUGCUAGUCCCAUUCUUAACGACAGGCUUGCCGUUAUGGAUUGUUCGUCGUGUUGCGGAGCUGGCGGAAGGAACGAUGCAGCAAGUGCCACGCGCGAUCGACAUGUACUUUGCAGAACGCGUAUCAAGCUUUCUCUAUUCUCUUAUCAUUGAUUAUGCCGUCUAUCGCAUGUGCAAGCAAAUUGGAAAGGAUCCAGUACUACCGUUCCUGUUGGUUUCUACCAGCCAAGUCAUGCUUGUCUACUACAUGCGUCCCUUUUCAAAUUCAGUUGAAUCAGUGGCACUCUGUUUGGCCUUUUCCAUUUACGCAACAACACUACAGAAGAUCACUUCCAUACGAUCAUUUGCACUAGGCAGCGUAUUAAGCCUGGGAAUUUUUACACGGAUUACAUUCAUUCUUUAUGGAUUUCCUGUUGGUCUUGGUUUCCUCUUGAAUGCGUAUAAAAAAAGGUAAAGACAGGAUGGGGAUGCUCGUUCUAAUAAGCAGUUAUUCAGAUAUUUUAUCUAGUGGCCGUCGCUUCGUAGGCGCAGUGUUUCCAUUCCUACUCGGAGGAACCAUUGUCGCUGCAGGAUGCAUCCUUGCCGAUUCGUUAUUCUAUCAAACGUUGCAUAUUACAUUGGCCGAAAAAUCGAUCGAAACCUUUGUGGAUGUAAUGGAUGUCAUCAGCGAUCCAGGAAAGUGGUCGCGGGUUCGUAUAUCGGGUACAGUUGUCCUGACGCCAUUAA